AUGGCCUUACCAGCAUCCUUCCCCUGUAACAGCGUCAAAGAGCUAUCCUCCGACCGUUACGCCCUCGUGCUCGUCAUAUCCCACACGCCCAACUUCCUCCAAACACUGCGCGCCCACGGCUACGAUCCCUUCGAGCUGCCAAGCGCGCUGCUGCUCGAGUACCCUUACUACGAGAUCUUUGUCGCCACCCACAGCGUCGAAAAGUUGAGCAUCGAGUACGACGUCGACGUAAACUACGACCCCCUGCGCGUUGAUGGUAGAAUGAUGCAGAGGCUCGGGGUCCGCGAGGCAAACAUCCACGUCUGGAAGAGAUUCUGGACGCGUGUUGUGGAUCAGCCGCAGCCGGUGCAGAGACUGUACAUGGCUUUUCUGGAGAAUUGCAAGCCGGCUGAGUAUAGUUGUUGCGCGCAGUUCUUUAUAUGUUAG